AUGUUGAUUCGGCGUAUAGUUGGAUCCAGUCCCUUGGGCUCCAAACGCCUUUCUUGGUUGGAAAUUACUUGCCAAGAAGAAAACAUUGAUCAUGGAUUUAUACUAAACCCAAAGAAACUUUACAAAGAGGGGGACCGACUUCACUUCUCAUGUUCUCUUGGGUACAAGCGUGCUGAGAUAUCGGAUGCUACAUGCACUCGGAAUGGAUGGAGUUCAAGACUUGCGUGCAUAGAAAUUGUCUGCUCCCCACCCCAAGUAGAAAAUGGCGACUACUAUCCUAAGCAGAGUUACUAUGAAUAUCAAGACAUAAUUGAAACACGGUGUGAGUCUGGCUAUAAGCUUCGGAACCGCCAAUUCCCUUCCAUGUGUACAGAGACAGGGUGGUUGCCUUCUCCGAGAUGUAUUCCAAAGAACUGUGACUAUAUUUGGAUUGAGAAUGGACAACUAUCUGAUUUCUACGAACGCUGGCCAGACUACUAUUUUCCAAAAAGGGUGGGACAAACACUUGACUAUCGUUGCCGUGAUGGUUUUCUACCAAGAAAUAAAGAAACAUGGGGUAGAAGUUCAUGCACUGAAUUCAGCUGGAGUCCAGAACCAAAAUGCUUCAAAAAAUGUGAUAUUCCUAGACUGCUUGCACAUGGUACAUUCAAUGCCCAUACUUGGCAGAAGUUCAUAGAAGGUGAUGAAAUUUCGUAUUCUUGUGAGGUUGGAUAUGAUCCUAUAAAUCAACAAGCUAAGGCCGUGUGCACCAAAAAUGGCUGGUCACCUACUCCACGUUGUAACAUAAAAAUAGGAACUGCCAUGAAACAUUGUCGAAUGCCUUCUCAGCAUCGAUGA